AUGUCUCGCCUCACGUACUUCCUAGUCCUCCUUGGAGUGGUGGCUUUCGUCGCCACCACCAUCACGGGUGCCCGUCUCGCCUCCUUCAGGGGUGAUGAGCGAAAGCCACCAGAGGAGGAAGGACCAUCGCAUCACGACCACGACCACGACCACGACCACGACCACGACCACGACCACGGUCACGAUCAUGACCAUCCUCCUCAUCGUCAUGUCCUAGAGGAUGAUCAUCGUGAGCGUCCUGGCGAACACAGGGGCGAUGAGCGAAAGCCUCCGGAGGAGAAAGGACCAUCGCAUCAUGACGGCGACCACGGCCACCCUCCUCAUCGUCAUGCCUUAGAGGAUGGCCAUUGUGGUUGUCCUGGCCCCUGUGAUUGUCCUGGCCAUCCUCCUCAUCGUCAUCUCUUAGAGGAUGAUCAUCGUGAACGUCCUGGCGAACACAAGGGUGAUGAGCGAAAGCCUCUGGAGGAGAAAGGACUGUCACAUCACGACCACAACCACGAGCACGACGGCGACCACGGCCACCCUCCUCAUCGUCAUGCCUUAGAGGACAGCCACUGUGGUUGUCCUGGCCAUCCUCCUCAUCGUCAUCUCCUAGAGGAUGAUCAUCGUGAACAUCCUGGCGAACACAAGGGCGAUGAGCAAAAGCCUCCGGAAGAGAAAGGACCAUCACAUCACGACCAUGACCACGACGGCGACCACGACCACCCUCCUCAUCGUCAUGCCUUAGAGGACGGCCAUUGUGGUUGUCCUGGCCAUCCUCCUCAUCGUCAUCUCCUAAAGGAUGAUCAUCGUGAACAUCCUGGCGAACACAGGGGCAAUGAGCGAGAGCCUCCGGAGGAGAAAGGACCAUCGCAUCACGAUCAUGACCAUGACCACGACCACGAUGGCGACCAUGAUCACCCUCCUCAUCGUCAUGCCCUAGAGGACGUCCAUUGUGAUUGUCCUGGAGGACACAAGGGCAAUGAGAGAAAACCUCCGGAAGAUAUGGGACCAUCACAUCGCGACCAAGACCACGGUGGCGACCGCGACCACCCUCCUCAUCGUCAUGCCCUAGAGGACGGUCGCAAUAAGGCUCUUGGCAUACACGGUGGUGACGAACUGAAGCCUCCGCAUGAAAAAGAACCACCACACCACAAGGGAAAGCCGCCACACAUGGUGGAGAAGCUUAUUGCUGGUCGACCUCGCAAAGGCCGUCCUCCUCUCAAUUAA